AAAGUCUCAGUGAAAAACAUCUGACUACAUCUUUUCCUCUGGAAAUGUUGCUCUAAAAUCUCUGCAUUAAUUUAGCUCAGCUUUGCUAAGAGAAAUAAAACAAACCCCUAUCAUGAUAAUAUUUCGUAUUGCUACAUGGCUGCUGAACUGGAUUUUUUUUCUUUUUCUUUUUGCUGACUUUCAUCCACUUCUUCCAACAAAGAUCAAGAUACUGAUUUAUUUUCAUUCCACGUUCUUACUGUGGGAUGAUCCUUCUAUUUGGCUCUUGUAGGGUUUCUUUUGCUCUGAAUAGUUAAGUUUGUGGCUCUUGCCAAAGAACGUCAUUUUAAAUCAGUUCAGUGUAUCUCUUGCAGGGGAGCUGGUGUCUUUCUCCAGGAGGCGGUAACAACCUACAUGGUUCACCAUCUGACAUCACUACCCGCAUAACAUAGGGAGAAUCAGGAUCUUCCCGUCAGCCAGGACCUUCGAAGUUGUGGGCAGGCUGGCAGCGCCAUUAAGUUGCCAAGCAGGAAAUUCAAGUGUUGAUUUUCAUUUGUUUGCAAUCUGAGAUCAGGAUCCUUCCAGAGACGCAGUACUGUGAAAGGAAGAAACAACCCAGACGCAUCCAUGCUGAACUUGGCGAUUAUCUCCGUCUUUUUCAUCCUGAUUAACCUGGGGCUGCUCAUGGUUAUCAUGGGCCAGUACAAAGAGAUGGAUACAAUAACCAAGAAGAACGAAGAACUGAAGACAGCCAAACGUGUGUCUUAUGACAGACUUCAGUAUGAAAUCAAUUUUAAAAAGUCGUUGCAGAACAUUAAAACAACUGGGGAAGAGAAGUUGAAGGACAUGGAGGCUAACCAGCCCAAACUCACCAAGCAGCUGGAGGACAAGAAAUCUGAGGCCGCCGCAUGUCAGGAGCAAAUCAAAACAAAAAACCAGGAGCUGGCAUCUCUAGAGGAAACGCUCAAAAGCAUCACAGCGACCUUUAAUGCAGAGUCUGAAGUCUGGAAACAAGAGAUCAUCAGUCUGAAAGCAAAUCUAUCAGCACCCAGCCCGAUAUGCAAAUAUGUGACAAAGAAUGAAAAACCUGGGGAAUUUUGUGCCAUACAACCAACUCAAGCUCAAGAGAAGUUAAGCAGAUAAAACUACAAACCCACAGCCGUAACAAACUCCAAAAAAACAUUUUAUACUUGCAGAAAUGGAACCUUAUGAUGAUAUGAAAGUGUUUUUACCGUUACAAACUGCAUUUAAAAAGCUCAAAUAAAACGCCUGAAAACUGAGCUAGUUGUUUCGACUUGUAUUGUAGUAUUUGUGAAUCUCUGUUAUGAAUAAAUUUGCGCACUUUCAGUCUUUUGAGAAUGGAUGUUUUUAAGUCUAAGUUUGAACUGGUUUGUAUCACAUGCAGACAGGAUGCAGGUACCAUACAAAUAUAAAGUGUAGUUAAGUAGGAUAAUUACUGAAAAACAGAAUCUAUAAAUACAGGAAGGUUUAAUUGUGAGAGUAAUAAACAGCUGAAUUCUGUAGGAUUUGAUAACAUUUUUAAGAGGGAAUUUGAUUUGAUUCAGAUGUUUGACCAGGAAUACAUCUAAAAGUAUUUAGAGUUUGAUGCUUUCAUGUUUGACGCCCCUCAAAAAUACUACAAAGCAUUUUAUAAAAUGUCAUAAGGUUAAUAAUACACAAAAUCCAUAUUUGUUUUCACAUAAGGUUCACAGAAAAAGUAGUGCAACAAGUUUUUGCAUUUGAACCAGACAAGCCGCUUCAGUAGAGACAUCUUUAAAGCAAAACUGUUACACAAUAAUCCAUGAUCAAUUAUUCUGUUUGGCCACAGCAGCAGUCAAAUAAACGUGAUGUUAGUAAAUCUGAACCCUGUAUUUACUCUGAAAGGUUUCUUUAAAUUGAGAAGAGCUUUACUAAAUGGGGGAUUUAGAAUAAGAAGAUAAAAAAAGCAUAAAGACUCAAACCCCACAUCUGUUGUGUUUGAGUCUACACUUUAUUAUGACUGAUCCCACUCAGACACAAUAACACACACAAGUGCAGACAUAAUGUGGGGAUCGCUAAACCAUAAUCUCCUGUGUUGCCUCGGUAGAUUUCAGAAAAUAUACUUUUUUUGUUUCUAAGAAAACUUAAAUUAAGUAAUUUAUUGGGAUCGCUGUAGAAAAACAAAACCUGAAUACUUGCUAUAAUAAAAGCAAACAUAAUCUGCUCAGGAUGUUACUUAAAGUUCGAAUAAGGACACUAAAUACCAUCACAUGUCUAUUCUUCUUGAUGUCUCUUGUCUAAAUACUUGUUCUAAAUCACAUACAACUAUCAUUUCUUGUUUUGACUUGUUUCAAUAUCUAAUUGUUCUUGGGUAAAAAAAAACAAACUAAAAACAAAACGCAGAUAUAAAACCAAAAUUACUAAAAAUAAACCAAACAGCCAGCUUCUCUUUGCUGCGUUUAAAUACUUUAAGUGUCCUGGUCUCCGAGUCUGUAUUUGGAUCCUUUAAGUCCACAAAUCAUGUGCUGUGCAAUCAUGUGCAUUGUUAGUAUCAGUAUUAACUAAAUAUUUAGGAAGCCAAAUAUUUGGUUUACAAACAAUAUAUUUAGUUCCCAACUAAUUGUUUAUGUCUGAGCUACAUUUUUGGUUUUCAAAUUCAAUGUUAAAGGUUAAACAUUUCAUUAGCAAAAAUAAAUAUUUAAUUUCAACCUAAAUGUUUAGUUUGUAAAUCAUAAAUCUAGUUUGGAAGCUAAAUAGUUAGACAUUUAGUUUGGAACUAAAAAUUUAGUUUGCAAGCAAAACUUUUGCGUCAAUUUGAAAGCUAAACAUUUCGUUUGAAACUCUGACAUUGACUAACAUGGGGAAAAUAUGAUAAACUUAAAUAUUGCUGUUAUGUUAUUUUACUGUGUAACUUUACAAACAGCAUUCAUAAAUAUAACGCUUUAAUUAGCAGAUAAUUUGCGUAAAUAACGACCCUUAACAUUAAUUCCUCCUCAUUAAUAUCAAUCAGAAGUUGUGAGUGAAGUGAUAGGUUUCCAUUUUUUUUUUUUAAAUUCAAUUGUGUUGAGUUAUUCAUUAAGUUUUUUUGUUCCUACUCACUCAGACAUUUCGCAUGUAGACGGUGCAACAUAAGACCACUUAGUGGGACUCUCCUCUCAGGAGGGGAGGGAGGCCACUUCCACCGGAGGGAGGACGAGGAUGGAGGGGGGGGAGGAAGAGGGUUGAGUGGACGCGGCUGUGACAAAAAGCCGAUUACAGAAGGCCACUGAGUCCUCUGUGGCAAUUUGCAUCCAUCCUCUCCUGGUCAUUCGAGAGGAAAACACAUCCGCGGACCAAGUUUGCGGUUUUUCACGGAGCAGGAUUCAUUCAUACAACUUUUCUAGUUUUUUUUUUAUGUAUAACUUUGAGGCUUUCACUUUUGAGUGUUGUAGUUUUUAACUUGGACACAAAAUACUAAAUGGAAGUUUUAAUAAACAUUUAGAUCUCGAGACAAGUUACAGAAAAACUUUAAACUUUUUUUCCAGUUUUAAGUGAAAACCAUACAGAAAUGACCAGCCCUUCUAGGAGCAUAGACGAUCAGAGAGGAACCGGAGAAAGUCCGGCUCACAAAGCGGAGACCUCCCGGUACCGCAGCUGGAGCAGCCUGCGCUUCUCCAGAUGGAGGAGCAGCUCCCAGAGGACGACUCCUCCGAGCACCCCCUCUCCAAAGACCGAGAAGAGAAGCGACAUUUCCCGGACUCUCUUCACUCUGGUCAAGACCCACAAUGACGACUACACGGCAGACCCGGACGGCAGCUUGGACAUGGGCGCAGAGGGCGAGGUCGGCCUGGAUGACCUGCUGCAGGAUCAGUCCACGUACUUCCAGAAGCAGUUCGGCUCCAUGCUGCAGCCCGGCGUCAACAAGUUCUCACUGCGCAUGUUCGGCAGCCACAAGGGGGUCGCAGCAGAGCAGGAAAGGGUCAAGAGCUUUGGGGUGUGGAUCAUCCACCCCUACAGUGAUUUCAGGUUUUACUGGGAUAUUGUGAUGCUUCUUCUGAUGAUGGGUAAUCUGAUCAUCCUGCCCUGGGGAAUCACCUUCUUUGAAGACCAAAACACCAUACCCUGGAUUAUCUUCAAUUUCCUGUCUGACACGCUCUUCCUCAUGGAUCUGGUCUUUAACUUUCGUACCGGUAUCCCGGGAGAGGACAGUCACAUUAUUCUGGACCCCAAAGAGAUCCGCAUGCACUACCUCCGCACCUGGUUCCUGGUAGACUUUGUUUCCUCCAUCCCUGUUGAUUACAUUUUUCUAAUCGUUGACCUGGAGUCCCGCCAUGAGUCGUCUGAUGUGUACAGGACGGCCCGUGCUCUGAGGAUUGUGCGUUUCACCAAGAUCCUCAGCCUGCUGCGUCUUCUCCGACUCUCACGUCUCAUCCGAUACAUCCAUCAGUGGGAAGAGAUUUUCCACAUGACUUAUGACUUGGCCAGUGCUGUGGUGCGUAUAGUCAACUUGAUUGGUAUGAUGCUGCUGCUGUGUCACUGGGAUGGCUGUCUGACCUUCAUGGUUCCUAUGCUGCAAGACUUUCCUCCAGACUGUUGGGUAUCUAAAAACAACAUGGUGAACGCCACCUGGCAUAUACAAUACUCCUACGCCCUGUUCAUGGCCAUGAGUCACAUGUUAUGUAUAGGAUACGGCGCUCACCCUCCAGAGGGCAUGACCGAUGUUUGGCUCACCAUGAUCAGCAUGGUUGUUGGGGCUACCUGCUAUGCCAUGUUCCUGGGUCACGCAACUAACCUGGUCCAAUCUUUGGAUGCAUCCCAUCGCCAGUAUCAGGAGAAGUACAAGCAAGUGGAGCAGUAUAUGUCGUUUCAUAAACUGCCAGCCGAUGUGCGGCAGAGGAUUCAUGAUUACUAUGAGCACCGAUUCCAAGGCAAGAUGUUUGAUGAAGACAGUAUACUGGGAGAACUCAGCGACCCACUGAAGGAGGAGAUUGUCAGCUAUAACUGCCGUGGACUUGUCGCCAACAUGCCGCUCUUUGCCAACACCGACCCUCACUUUGUCACCGUGAUCCUGACCAAGCUGCGCUUUGAAGUUUUCCAGCCGGGAGACUAUGUAAUACGAGAGGGAACGCUGGGUCGGAAAAUGUAUUUCAUCCAGCAUGGCACCGUCACGAUUAUCCCGCGUGGCAGUAAGGAGUUAAUGCUCAGUGAUGGAGCCUACUUUGGAGAGAUCUGCCUACUAACUCAGGGCCGACGGACGGCCAGCGUGAGGGCCGACACCUACUGUCGCCUUUAUUCGCUGAGCGUGGACGACUUCAACGAAGUCCUGGAGGAGCAUCCUCUGAUGAGGCGGGCGUUUGAGAGCGUGGCUGUGGAGCGACUGGAUCGAGUUUCACGUAGAUCCAGUUAUCAGCCUCCAACAACUGAGUCUGAGUGAAAUAAGAAGAAAGAGAAAGAGACUCCAGACAGACAGAUAAAGCACUUUUCAACAGAUCUCAAGAAAAUAAAAAAUACAGAUGUUAUUAAAUGCUGCAUCACUUGAUUGAAACUAUUGCACGUUCAUUAAUUAGAAUUUGUCACUUGAAUAUUAAAAUUCAACAUAAUGUUUACUUGGAUUUUAUUAAUGUUCACAAACUGAAUAAACCUUUGUCACUGCUUUUUCUCUUUUCUUUCUGUAUGAAUAGAUCCACAUGUUUUUUUUAAACAAGUUAUAGACUGUAUAUCAUAUAAAUCAGGCGUUGAAGCAGAAACACAUCCAAAAAUCCACUGGACCUCAAGGACUGGAUUUCUGUUUGCCCAGCACUGGGAUGGGAGCACCAGAUGGUGGUGCAUCAUAAAGCUUUCUGAUUCAAAUGAUCCCUAAGAUCUGUAUGUUGUGUCACAUGGAGGUUAAUACCGAUGGGCGAUAAGCUCCAGUGAUGUAAUAACUCAACUGUGACCGCAGCUGCAGGUGGUGGUGAACUUUUACAUCACCCUAUUUUUCUCAUUUGUCAUUGUCAGGAUUUAUAGUUACACUGGGUUUCAAAGAAUAAUGUAUUUUUAAAUGAUCAGAUGCACAAAAAAUAAAUAAAUGAAUAAAACUCUCA